GCGAUAUAUCUCGGCUACUCACCCGAUACGGUGUGACAGCGCGACUUUCGUUGACUUUGUCAGCAGCCCCUCGGGCAGGCAAUGACAUAAGCUGGCAGUCACACGAAGGCUCCGCAGCGGUAGAGCGCCGCGAGUCUAGGAGCGAGUCUAGCAAGGUGACGAACGCCCAGUAGCACAGAACGUAGAUGAGGCGAAGUCGCAUAUCCGCCUCCACCGACAACCUCCUGUCCGUACCGCCAAAACUCAGUGCGAAGAUUUGCUUGGAGGGGCUGUUCCUGCGAACCCGAUAUGACCGCGAUCGCCCGUAGACCCUGAUUAACUCCAAAGCACAAUGGUACGACCCGAACCUCCGUGUCACACUGGUGCUAACUGCGGACGUCAACGCCGACAGCGACGCCCGUAGCGUCCAGUGCGUGCUGUGCGAGGUCGGAGAUCAUCUACCAGACAGGACUAUGAAGGAGUACGUGCAGUGGGAUGGCCGCGUCCGCGGAUUGGUCGCUCCUGAGGGAACGUGGUGCGAGACCUCUCGGAUGUGGACUAGCCCAUGGUGUUCUCUAAGGUCUAAGAUCUCUACCGACCGUCGACCGGCUCUAAUCAUUCUGGAGCUUCUUUAAUCUGAGGCGGUGGCUGCAUCCUGCAACAUAUACGUCGAGAAACAAACUAAUUUGCACCGCUGAGAACCUAUCCAUACAGCUUCUCGCGUUCAUCAGCGACGACGAUUUCUGGAUCCCAGGCCGGUGGACCGCCUUCCACGCUGGCGCUAGCAACAUGGCAACCUGUUCCCGGAGCACUGUGGCUCGGCGUGUACUGGACCAGCACCUGAAGUCGAAGAGAUCUGACGUGAAUGUGGAACGCAAGCCUGGAAAUAAAUCGGUUGUGUCCACGAUGGAGAACGCCUUGAGGAGGUGGAUGACUGAACGCAAGCGCAUAUAGUCAACUCCGUAGAAUGCAUUGUCUGCGCAAGGCGUGCUUUCCGCCUUGAGGUGAGUGUUGCCGUCAAUAGAGAUGCGGGAACCAGCAACUGUCAAACGGGAGGGAGAAGGAGACAGUGAGACUCCGUCGUGCGCACUGAUCUACCGCAUGAUGACCGGCCGAGUCUCGCCAUCCCCAGAGUUGGAACAUACGUGAUAGGCUCGACCUUCUAUGCCCCAAACCUCCGAUUAGUCCGGUCAUCAACUCUCCGUCCACGGAGUGUCCCACCAUGCACUUCGCGGGAGGACAUCCCGCAAAGCACAAGCUUCCGGUAGCACACGCACAAACCGCGAGGCGACAAGGGUGGACACGAGCCGCCCCGCAGGCCACACACCCACGUCGCACGUCGCCGCCCGCGGGCCUCCGCGACGCCGUGGACGCCGCCUCGUGGCUCGUUCGAGCCGCCCAGCAGCGAACGUUGGACGUGGGCGUUGGCCCUGGAUAAUUGCCGCGUGAAGUAAGCGGUAGAACCGCUCGUGGACGCUGCUUUGCGAUCUGAUGUACAUGUGCCACGGUCCGCAAGUGUACUUCAAUCUGGCGGGAGGUGCUUCGCUGUCUCGGCGGUCUCUUCUCGCAUCAGACCUACGCGUGCGCCGUGCGAAGUGCCUGCACGGAAGACAAAGGAGGGGUGAAAGGGGGGCGCAAAGGAAUGCGUCGGACACGAGGCCUCG